GCCGCCUCCUCGCCUCCCCACCCAACCCCAACCCCAGCCCCAGCCGCAAACCCUAACCGGAGCAGCGGCAUCAUGCUGCCUCCCGGCACGCGCAAGCGCCGCGAUGCCGCCGGUGCCAGCGGAAGCGGCGGCGGAGGCGACCACACGGCGGCGCUGCUCGGCGCGCUCGGCCUCGGGCUCUUUUCGCGGCUCGACCUCCCCGUCCCACCCGACGGGCUCGACCUCGCCGCCAGCGUCGACCUCGCCUCGGACCGCGUUGCGGUCACGCUUGGCGGCUAUCGCGUCACCGCCUCGCGCGCCGACCUCGCGGCGGCCCUCGCGCUGCCCCUGGGCGCGGUUGCCCUCUCCCCGGAGAUCGACGCGGCCGUGUUCUCCAUCCCGGAGGCGAUCGCCGCCGUGAAGGGGUUCGUCCACGAUCGGCUGCUGUUGCUGGGAAGUGGAGGCGGUGGCCGGGCGUUCCCGGAGGAGGUCGUCGUGGCAUUGCAGCUGGUGGAUGAGGGGAAGGCGUACCAGGUGGACUGGGGCGGCUUGGUUUGGGCGUUGCUGAAGAACGCUCUGUUGAUCGGGAAUCCAUGGCUUUACAGUCAGUACCUCCUCCGUUUGAUGAAGUGUCAAAAGCCAGAGCUUUUCUCCGACGUUGAUGCGAUGAUUCUUCUUCGAAAGAGUAAGGAAUGCCUGUUAUUGCAGCAACGUGGGAGGACGCAUGAACAGUUGGUGGGUUGGAGCGAAGCUGAGGUGGAGGAGGAGAAUUUACUUCAUGGAAACAGCAGCAAUUACCAACUAUUUGCAGCAGAACCAGAGAUGGAAGAGGGAUUGGCUUUUGGAGCAAGCCAGAACGUCAGGGACACCAUGAUCCUCGGAGACAACACCUAUUACCAAUGUCGGGGAGCAAAAGAAGAGAUUGAAGCCAGAUUGGUUUCUCUGCCGUGCCAGAACAUUUGGGAGUCGGAGGAGAUACCAACUUUUGGAUAUGACACGAUUCAGCAACAAAUAAUGGCAAGCGAAGAUCAAGAAGGUGAAGAUAAUGUCAAUGUUGGUCCUAGCCAUCAUGUCAUUACAAAUCACUCUUCUUUUCAUACCUGCCGAGAAGAAAUCCUAGCUCGCGCCGUUGCAAUAGACAAUGCUCUUUUGAAUAAGGACAAAGAUCUUAAGGAUACUCAAGCUGAAAUACAACAAUUGAUGGAGGAGAAGGAGGAGAAGGACAAUCAAAUCAAAUCUAUUGUUGUGGAUACCAUGAAGGACCUUCAAGCAUGGGACAAGAUGUCCAAGAUACUCGAGCAUGAUAAAAUGACAAUGAUCUGUACUUUGCAGCAAUUAGAAAAGAAGUUGAAGGAGACUACUGAUGCAUUUCAGGAGUACAAGACAAUGUAUGGAGAAAGUGGUGUCACUGGUGUGUCGUCUUUGGAUGCUAUUGGGAUGGAUGGUCAUCUGGAUCAGAUUCGGCGCCAGCUGUUUGAGACUAUUAGUAAGUCUCAAAGACAUUGGCUUGCAAAGAGUUCAGCCAUUGCUGGGAAGAUUACAGUGCUUGUGAAAGGGGUGGCAGGCCUCAACAAUGAAGUGCAAAGGCUGAAGGAUUUUAGAUCGAUUCCAGAUCUCAACAAUGGGGGAUCUUUUUCAGACGAAAGCAAUGGAGGGCCUCAUCUGUGAGUUCUACAUUUAGGAGUCUACAAGGCUGAUAUGGCUGUCUGUUGAAGUAUUCAUUACUCACCAGGCAGAUGGAUGCGCACUGACGGGACACAGGAUUGCAGGGGUCUGAUAUUUUGGUGUUGCUCACAUAACCAAGAUGGUUUCCAUAUGGAUGUAUUUUGGUGAUUAGUUGUUCUGUCAUGCUUUUGGAUCCUUUUAUGUCUAUGGCUUUUGAUGAUCAGUUAAGAGGUGAUAUAUCACCUGGAGAGUCUCUCCACUAAAUAGUUGGUUGGCAAUGCAUUGCCAGACUUUAUUGUCAAAAACUCGAAACAGAGCCUCACUUCUUGAAAAUUUUAUCCUCAUGAAUGUUAGUUA